UUCUCAACCCAACUUGUGCUCGCGCUCGUAGGCGAUACCAGCUCGCCUGUAAAGUCUGUAUACGUUGCACGCGCAUAAUUUCAUUAUAAGCUGUAGUGUGAUUGCUGCAGUACCGUUCGCGUGCAGAAGCCGAACUGACUCCAUUAACUAUGGGCAUCUUCUCCUGCUUCGGCGGGCCUCAGCGGUCCGACCCUACCACGAAAUACAAACACAAACAAUCAUCUUCCACACAUGGCGCGCCGUCUGCUUCGCAAGGCGCUUUUAAAGAUGCGCGCGCGGCCCGGACCAGCUCGCCUGGGAAGUCAGAGACGCGUGAGCGCCUUGUCACCCAUCUGUCAGCGCCGCUCGGCAGUGACACGACCCCGUUUGCCGCCAACGCGCCCAGCUACAUAUCCGACCGUGGCAGAACCCUCUCCAGCCCAAAAGGCAGUGACAUGAAGGCUCUGUCGGCACUGGCUGUGAAGCGCAGCGGGUCCGGCGCCGCCGCCGGGGCCGCCGACGCUGCUGACACCGGCUCUGCUGGUUGCGCCACGCACUGCAGCAGCGGGCAUCCCGCCGGCGAUGCCUCACCUCGCAAGCAACGCGCGGACAACAAUGGUGACAGCUCCUACGCCGCCAAUGCCACCUCAGCCAACGGCGCUGCCAACCGCGGCCCGCCCAAGGCCGACGGCGGCGACAACAGCGGCGCGUCGCCCAACCUGCACCACCACACCAGCAGCUCUCGCAGCCUGCACCACCACACCAGCAGCUCUCGCAGCCUGCACCACCAGACCAGCGGCCAGCAGCAGCAGCGGCUGGGCCACUCCAGCAGUCGCGGCGAGCUGCAUCAACAACCCCACCACAGCCUCUCGGCAAGCGGCCACGGUCAAGCCGCGGGCGCCAUCGCAGCCGCAGGCGCCGGCGCCGGCGGCAUGGAUGCGACGGCGGCGGUGCUGCUUGCGACCGGGCGUGUCAACAUGGCGGCGGCGCACAUGGAGAAAUUGCGCCGCCAUCCCAGCGCCGCCUCUGACUCUGAGGGGCACCAUUCCGAGCACCACGGCCACCAUGCAAAGCACGGCUACCACAGCAGCCACCACGGCCAGCACCACGACAACGGCCGCAAUCACAGCCCUGACCCCGAGCUGCUAGAGCUGCACAGCAAGCACGGCCACCACCACUCUCGGCGGAGCAUGGAAGGCCAGGCCACUCACGGUCACGGCCACGGUCACGGCCACAGCCAAAGCCACGACAACGGCCACGGCCACGAGGAUCACUUCAGCAAGCAUGGCCACCGCGACGGCCACAGCGAGCACGAUGGCAGGCACGGCCACCAGGCCCGCAGCAUGGAGCGACACAACAGCCUCGGGUACAGCCACGGUCACGGGCACGGGCGCAGCCAUAGCCCCCACCAUGGCUUCGACGGCCAUCACGACCAGCAGAGCCAAGGCAAGCACAGCCCCCACGACGGCCAUCACGAGCGGCAUGCCCACCACGAGAGGCAUGGCCACCACGGCCAUCAUGACCGCCACGGUCACCAUCACGAGGACGAGUCGGAGAGUGAUCGCCACAGCCACCACCGCCGCACGCCUGGCGGCGGGCGGCAGCGGCGCAUGUCGGUGGAGGAUGCGCAGCUGCGUGGCAAGGCCGAUAGUGUUCUAGCGAAGGUCCGCAACGCGAAGAGCGGCCUGGUCAUUUGAUGACGGGGUCUGAUGAUGCUCGCGCGUGCUCAGUUUCGAUGCAAGGAGGCGUACUAUUGCGUGAGCAGGAACGGAAUGGGUUGGGGUGGCAGUGUCAGGUGCCAUGCUGCGCAGUGCGCAUGCGCGCAGGUUGAGCAGAGGCUGUGGGGCGUGAUAGGCUCGCUUGUGGUGACAGUUGGGGGUUGGCAACAUCCUCCAUCUGGUAGGCAUGUGCCUGACGCGCAUACCUUAAAUUUUGGACGGCUUGACCGGAGCAGAACUGCAGAAGCGUGGGGGGGUAUACAGAACUUGGCGACUCCACGACAGGGCCAACUCAUAUGGAACCGUAGCCGGCCUGCGACCGGGCACGUGCGGGCGCAAUCGGUGGGAUUGGGGGCGUUUGGGGAACCGCGCCAGACGCAAGCUUGCCGGAGCAUGACACUUGGACAGUCACACCACUCCAGUACGGGAGUACACGGUGGCGGAAUGGGUUCAAGGGCAGGGACCUGCAGUUUAUUAUGCGUGUUCGCGGGGCUUAGCGUACCUAAUCCAUGCACGACCCUGAUGAAUUUCACAACCAGACUGGGUGUGCUCGUACGUGUACGACAGCCGCUGGUUAAUGGAGACUGCGCGACCCCAGGUCUGGAGCGGCGUGUCGUGUGGGUGGCAAUGCGUGGGAUUUGGUGUUGUCUGUGGGGCAGUACUGAUAGCAACAGUGUGCGCAUCUUACCUAGAGUUACACAUGGCUGACAUGGUCGGAGCAUGCAAUGGCUUAAGGCUAGGGACUUGGUGUUGCGAUCAUGAGGGUAAGCCAGUAAGAAGGCACAGAGACGCGGUUGCGGCUUGCAUGUAGUAUGGGUGGGUGGGUGGGUGGGGUCGUGGGGAGUUUCAAGCAUGUGGGUUCCUCGGAAGCCAGUCGAACUCAGCUUUGGACAGAAUCCAUCUCGAAGGCUU